AUGGCGUCAACGAAGAAUCAAAUUGAUAAUGUCGACACUGUCGAGCAUGCUCAUCCAUCCACUCAUGUCGAUUUGAACAAUAAUAUUACUGCCAAAAUCCAAAAUCCCUUGGCAGGUUUAUCAGAAAGUACCCUCAUUCGAGAUGUAGGAGAAUUUGCCCAAGCCAACGACCUCAACCAUAUCCUUCCUUUACUCGAAAAAGGUGCUUUGGUAGCAUCCGACCCAGAGAACUUUGAGAAUGUAGGAAGAUUGGACGAGGAAGAUAAAGUUGCUUUGAGAUAUGAGGCAGCGCAUAGAUGGAGUCAUCCAACGACGCUUUACUUGACAAUUAUUACCUGUUCUAUCGGCGCAGCUGUUCAAGGUUGGGAUCAAACGGGUAGUAAUGGAGCAAAUCUUUCAUUUCCACUGGAAUUCGGGAUUGGCCAAGGAGAUAACCCAGAUUCUCCAAACCAUGAUCGUGAUAAUUGGCUUGUCGGUUUGGUCAAUGCAGCUCCAUAUAUUGGAUCUGCUUUCUUUGGCUGUUGGAUGAGUGAUCCCUUCAAUGCCUGGUUCGGACGUCGCGGUACUAUCUUUAUCGCAGCCAUCAUUUGUAUCUUUACUCCCAUCGGAGGAGCUUUCGCGAAGUCUUGGGAAACUCUUUUUGCCAGUCGUAUAAUUUUGGGACUUGGAAUGGGUCUGAAAGGAAGCACAGUACCAAUCUUUGCUGCGGAGAAUAGUCCAGCUAUGAUUCGAGGAGCAUUAGUCAUGUCAUGGCAAAUGUGGACUGCUUUUGGUAUUUUCUUGGGAUUUGUUGCCAACUUGGUCGUCAUCGAUACAGGCAAGAUCGCAUGGAGACUUCAAAUUGGAUCUGCAUUCAUUCCAGCUCUGCCUCUUGCAGCGUUGAUCUUUUUCUGCCCCGAAUCUCCAAGAUGGUUGAUGAAGCGAGGAGAAUACCAGAAGGCCUACAAGUCCCUUUGCCGACUUCGCAAGCACGAUCUUUUCGCUGCUCGUGAUCUCUACUUCAUCGACUGUCAACUCAAAAUCGAAGCAGCAAUCGUCGGUAAAACCAACUACGUCAGUAGAUUCGUUCAGUUGUUUACCAUCCCGCGUGUACGAAGAGCAACUCUUGCAUCUUUCACCGUUAUGAUUGCUCAACAAAUGUGCGGUAUCAACAUCAUUGCAUUCUAUUCUUCGACCAUUUUCAGACAGGCAGGUGCUUCCGAAAAGAAUGCAUUGAUUGCUAGUUUUGGAUUCGGAUUGGUUAAUUUCGUAUUUGCCUGGCCAGCCAUUUGGACCAUCGACACCUUUGGUCGACGUUCUCUACUUCUUUUCACUUUCCCACAAAUGGCAUGGUCUCUCCUCGUCGCCGGUCUAUGCUUCCUCAUCCCUGAAGGCUCCACUGCCCAUCUCGGACUCAUCGCUACAUUUAUUUACAUAUUUGCUGCCUUUUAUUCCCCAGGAGAAGGACCUGUUCCUUUCACUUACUCAGCCGAGGUUUUCCCCUUAUCACACAGAGAAGUUGGAAUGGGCUGGGCCGUUGCAACAUGUCUAUUCUGGGCAGCCGUUCUAUCGAUUUCUUUCCCCAAGAUUUUGGAAAGCUUUCAUCCCGUCGGAGCAUUUUCCUUCUACGCCGGACUCAAUGUCCUCGCUUUCUUCAUGAUCUUCCUCUUCGUCCCCGAGACCAAACAACGCACCCUCGAAGAACUAGACUACAUUUUCGCCAUCCCCACCCGUACAUUCAUGAAAUAUCAAAUUACCAAAACCCUUCCAUACUGGAUUCAACGAUAUGUGUUUUUCAACAAGAAUGCCGUACUAGAGCCCCUUUAUCGUUUUGAAGAGACGGCGGAUUAUAGAGCGCCCGACACGAAACUCACAGGACACCCGGAACAGAUUGAGAAGGUGGAGAGGAGCAGUGAGGGAGAGAGCGCGGAGAUUACAACGGGUGAGAAAAAUUAA